AUGAAUAAUACACGUAAUCCCGGUUACAGUUUCCCUAGUUUUUUCCACAUAAACAUAGCUGCAAAAAUCGAAAUCGUUGCUCACAACAUCUAUGUUCCUCGAAAAAUCGCGAUUUUCUCAUCGCAAUUCAUUGGAGAAGUGAUUUUCAAAAAACCCACCUCAAGUUUCGAAUUAAAAAACAUAUUUUUGGAUGAGAAAUGCGAUUUCCUGGUGUUCCAUAUUUAUGAACCGUAUGAAGAUGAAGAUCUAGGGAAUCCUGAUGUUCAAGUUGGAUUGAUCGAUGUGAAAUUGUUUGGGAAAUAUCUUCCGACUGGGGAAAAUCCACCUGAAGGUGUUAUUAAUGAUAAAAUUCCGGAUCGGAAAUAUUCGAAUGAGUUGGAGGCAAUGAUUGAGGCGCUGUAA